AUGUGGAGAAAAUCUCCUACCAACCCCCCAUCAGGCCGUGAUGAUCACCCGUUUCAGUACCCAUCCUCCGAUGCUCCUGCUGGCCCUAGCGCUACAGCUGCAGCAGCUUACAGCGGCGCUGCUCGCCGUUCCCCUUCGCCUGCUGCGUACGGGGAUACGUACCCCAGCACUGCAGCUGCAGCCGCAGCUUACACCGGCGCUGCUCGCCGUUCCCCUUCCCCUGCAGCUUACGCCUGUGCUGCGCGUCGUUCCCCCUCCCCUGCUGCGUACGGAGAUACGUACGCGUACGAGGAUGGUGGGUCUUACCAAGAUGAACCGAUUCAACAGCAGAGUUCGUAUCAACAGUAUCCGUACGAGCAAGGCUCUUCGUACCAGCCGCACCAGCAGUACCAACGCGGAUCGCGAAAGCAGCAGCAGCAGCAGCAGCAUCGCCGGCAGUACCAGCAGCAGCAGCAGCCGCAAUUUGAGGAACCUGCGUGGCUUUCCCGCCAAGUCAAGGCCUGCGCUCCCGCCUCGAACGAGCUCUCAUUGGUCGGCCGGCCGUGCCUUAUCCACGAGGACGAUGACGUGUCAGCUGACGUGGCGGGCGGCGGCGGGCUGCUUCCCUGGAAGGGGGAAGAUUCUCUAAUGAUAGACCGCUUUGAUGUCAGGCAUCUAUUGGACGAUCUUAAAACGAUCAGGAGGAAAAAGGGGGGACGAGGAGGGGGGAGAGGGGGAGGGGACGCAGGGGAAGGUGGAGAGGAGGAGGAGAUGGAAAGGGAGAGAUAUGUGGAGCUGGAUAUGAUUGAGAAGGAGGAGAGGCGGAAGGCAGCAGCGGCAGCGGCAGAGAGAAAAGCAGAAGCGGAAAAAGGGGAACAAGGGAUUGGAGGGACGGAGGAUGUGUGGGAGAAGGCAGCGAGGAGCAGAGGAGGAGGAUUCGCCAUGGCAGCGGCAGCAUCAGAAUAUGUUGGCGAGCAUGGGCAGGGUUUCACCAGCAGCAGUUCGCUUCUCGCGUAUCUGUCAGCAAUGCCUGGUAUGUUCCACCCUUACUUUGGAGUUUGGGGUUUUGGCUUGUUCGAACAGCAGCAACAGGGGCAGCAGCAGCAGGUGAUGGCAAAGCGAGUGGUUUUAUGCUCCCUGUGCUCUUCCCCCAGAGGUGACUUUUGA